CCAAGCCCUGGGGAAGCUCCACCCUCUGGGACCACUGAGCUCUGACACCUGCCAAGCCUAAAGGGCCAGGGCCAGUGGGCUGGGGGGCACAGGGCAGGCCAAGCGCCCAGGUCCCUGACUCUGUGCCUGGGGUGAGCCACCUUCUCUGUAGCCAUCAUGAACCGGCUUUGGAACAUCAGGCACAUGGAGCCGUUCCAUGGACCCUCAAAAUGGGUCCCCACUCUAGGCGAGCUGCAGAAGACCCUCCAGAAGGGCGAGUACCUGCCCCUCCGCCCGCUGCCCAUGUUCGAGAGUAACUUUGUCCAGGUGACCAAUCGAGGGGCCCCCGUGUACGUGCACCACAGAACCAACCGUGUGACCAUGGGUGUGGCUGCCUCCCAGCCUGGCCUGCUGCUGCCAGACAUCCUGCUGAUCGCUCAGCCCCCGGAGGGCAGGGAGGGCAGGGAGUGCUCCAGCCUCGUCCUGACCAGGAUGCUCCCGCUGCACCUGCUCCGCCUCUACGUGCAUGAUCUGUCCUCCUGGCGCCUGAAGUUGCGCCUGGUCACAGGCCGCUACUACUACCUGGAGCUGGCUGCGGCCGGGGACGAGGCCGGCUUCCUGUUUGACCGCUGGCUCCGUCUCAUCCAUCUGCUCCAGGAGCCCGCCACAACCUGGGUCCCCAGGACCCUGCACGCGCCCGCCACGGACCUGGCCGGCGCUGCACCUCCUGCCUCCACUUGGCGCCUCCAGGACCAGCCCCAGUCCAGGCGUUCCGUCAUGAUUGUGGAGCCCAGCUUUCCUUACAAGACGCUGACACGUCACAAACAGAGGAAGGCCAGGGCCCUCAAGCGCAAAUUCAAGUCCCAGGCCGUGGGCGACUCCGUGCCUCUCAUCUGGUCGCAGCUGGAGCACGCUGACCCUAGAAAGAAAUCUGCAGACAAGAAGUCCCAAAGAAACCUCCAUCCUGACGCAUCUCAGACCCAAGUCCAGGUUACCGGGAAGCCCAGCAUCACCAUCCGCACCAUCUUCAGCAUCGUUUCCAACACCGUCAACCGCACACAGUCCCCUUCCAAGGGUUCCUCGUCUGAUUCAGACACAGCCACAGUCCUGGGAGGUUUAAUUGAGACUCCCAUCCGCUGUGCCUCCGCAGACACACCUGAUACUUCUUUGCUGGAACCCUAUGAUCCCUUCGACACGUACCUGUGGCAGGACAUUGAGAACCUGAUGGACCCCGAUACCAGCACCUUGUCCUCGCCCUCCUUACCCCCAGCCACUUACCCUCCCCCCUUCUCCCUCCCAGCCGCUUACUCCUUCUUCCGCAGGCGCAAGGAAAAGGCCCAGCCUCGGGGACCUGAGCAGAGGCAGCGGCCUCCAGCUUCUCAGAAGACUGCAAACGCCCGAGUCGCCUCUUGGAAGGUUCCAUUCCUCUUUGACCAGUCCAAGAGGGUCUCAGCAGUGCAUACCCCAUCCCAGAAGAUCUCGACUGUACCUGGCCGGUCCCGGAGGGCCCCAGUGGUGCCCGCUGUUACCGAGAAGACCCCAACAGUACACGACCCACCUCGGAAAGCCCCAGCUGUAUCCGCUACUUCCCGGAAGUCCGCAGCCAGUCCCGGCCCAUCCCGGAAGGCCCCAGCUGUAUCCGCUACAUCCCAGAAGGCCCCAGCCAGUCCCGGCCCAUCCCGGAAGGCCCCACCUCUACUUGCUCUUCCUCCAAAGUCUGUAUCGGCCUCUGUCCCAAGAAGGAAAUCUUUGUUCCCACCUACCCCAUCCCAGAAGGAUCUGACCUCACCUACUCAAUACCAGAUGGCACCUGACACUGCCAAUUUGGGCACGCUGCCCAUGGGAAGUCUUAGAGGGCAAGUGCUUGAGAGAAGCAAGUUUGAAGGGACGGCAAAACCACUGAUGUUUGUGGGCACCCAGGAGAUGGACGUGAUAGAGACGAGGACCCAGAAAACAUCCCAGGAGCUGCCUUUUAGGACGACCAAGAAGGAGUCAGAGGAGGUCAUGAUCACUAAAGCCCUGGAUGUCACCCUGGAUGGCUUGAAGGGCAGGGGCAAGUUGAAGGACAAGGUCCACAGAAAGAAGGAGGAGAUAUCCGUGGACAAGCCUGGCUUAACAUCCCAGACCGUGGGGCAGCAGCAGAAGUGGCUCAAGACCCAGGAACUCUUCAUCCAGGGACCCCCGGAGGAGCAAAGGAGGCCAUUCUCGGUGGAGGAGCUCACCCUUGCCAAGAUGAUGAUCAUGGCCAAGUCCAAGGAACCUCCCCCGAUGCCAGCAACCGUCAGUCUGCCCUCCUGGCUCUUGACCCGCCAGGUGCCUGACAUGUCAACAGCCAGCCCCAGUCAGGUACCCUUGCGGCAGAGGACACCAGAGGUGAUUGGAGAGCCAUUCCUGUUUGGCACCUGGGUGAAGGAGACAAUGCGUCCAUGGGCUGAAGAGAGCAUGUAUCGCUGGGUGGAGGCACAGACCCAUGUCCCAAAAGAGGCUUCCAAAGUGCCUGACCUCCCCAGGCAUGAGGCCAGCAGCCUGAUAACGGACGAUGUCUCCCCAAAUCCCAUCCCUCUGCCUGCAUCAAGGUGGGAGGUGGUACCCCCAUCACCCAUCUCACUGACCCCCAUCUCAAAGAUGGAGGCCAGUGUCUUCCAGAAGCCAAAGAGACCAUCUCAUGAGCUCGAGGGGAGGUCAGACCAGCUCGAGGGGAGGUCAGACCAGAUGGAGGAGAGGUCAGACCAGAUGGAGGGGAUGCCAGACCAGCUCGAGGGAAGGUCAGACCAGCUCGAGGAAAGGUCAGACCAGCUUGAGGGGAUGCCAGACCAGCUGGAGGGGAUGUCAGACCAGUUCGAGAGGAUUCCGGACCAGCUCGAGAGGAUGUCAGACCAGCUGGAGGGGAUGUCAGACCAGGUCGAGGGGAUGCCAGACCACAGCCCUCUGGCCAUGACGGAGUUGUCCUCUGAUGUUAUCUUACCAAUGCUCUUAGAAGAUGAGAAUAUGAUGGACAUGGCCCCUGAGGUGGAGAACAUAGAGGAACUGGAUGUCUACAGUCCUUCAGCCAGCAUACCGAGUUCCCAGAGCCUUCAAUAGCGGGAUUCGGGAGAGUCCAUCUCAACCGACAAAAUGUCCAAAGGAGCCCGGCGUGGCCAGGUAGCCGGAGACCCUGCAGACCCGCCUUAGUCCUGGUACUGGAGUCCGGCAGCUCAGACCCCACCCUUGCUGUCCCCUCCUCUUCACCACAGGCCCGCAGGGUGCUGUGCACCUGUACCGUAAAAAGCAUGGCGCUGAAAAGGCCGGGCAGGGGGAUGCUCCCUCCCCGGUAGAGACCAGAGCUAUG